ACUUAGGGUAGGCUAUGCCAGCCACAUGCCCAGACGUCCUGCAUCUAGUGUUUCAAGAGCUGAAGAUCCGGAAGGAACAUUCCACCAGGUAGACGAAGCUGGUGGGACAGAACUUGCCCACAAAGACACGCAGGGCAAAACAAGCGCAGAAAAGAACGGGAAGAAGGACAACAAGGACAAGAAGGACAAGAAGGACAAGAAGGAUAAAAAAGAGAAGGACAAAAAAGAAAAGUCAAAGUCGAAGUACGUUGGGCAUCGCAUAGAGAAGAAAAAGAGGAAGCUUCCAACUGCGCAGGAUGACAAAGAGGAUGAAAUCGACAAGCUGCUGUCCCUUGAUUGGCUCCAUGAGGCAUCCAAAGGCCCAGCCAAAGUUGCUGCAAGUGCUUCAGAGGUGGCGAACCAAUCUUCGUGGGAAAGCAGGCUGGGAAGUGCAGCGUCACCCGAGGUGUUCGAUCCAGUGAUGGAGUUGCGCCGAAAAAUCGAAAAGCUUCUGGUUUCGUCCGGUGGCGAACUCACAUUGGGCAAAGCUGAAGAACAUCUCCGGACAACUUUGAGACCUCAGGUCUUGAGCAGCUUUUCCCUUGCACCGUCGUUAGAUGGGAAUCCUUCGAACACAAUGAUCCGCUUGACAGCCAAGCAGGCGUGCGCGUUGCUGGAGGAACCCAGCCUUCAAAUGGCUGCUCUGGAGGACAGCUACUUUGCUUUGGGAGAAGAGGUCAUGCAGCUUGGUUUGGACUUUGAAAACGAGGAUGCGUUUCGAAAUCUCUUCGAUGAUCUGCUGGCAAAGAGAGAGGAAGUGAGGAUGGCAGCAGAAAGGAUGGGGUUCAGCAAGCCGUACACGCCGAGAAGCCGGAAAGCUAGGAGGAGACAAAAAGAUUUGCCUCCCAUGACAGAGGGUGAGAAAACUUUGCUUCACGACGUCCGAAGAGUCAUGAAGGCCUUGUCAGUACAUGACACCUGGAUUCCACUGUCUCAACUUCUGGAAGAUGCGAACGUCAGAAGGGCGCGGUGGAAGCUGCCAGCUGGCCUUGCUCUUUGGGAAUGGCUUUCUUUGCGCUGUGGAGAUCAACUCACCACAGUGAACGAACGUUCUGACAUGCUUCUCCAGCUGGUAGAGGAUGGCCGACCAGAACAUGCUCUGCAGAUGAGUCAGGAAGAAAGGAGACGAGAGUUGUCGUUGGCCGUCUUCGAGACUUUGGCAGUGCUGCACAGAGACUUUCCUCAAGGAGGAGGACUCAGCCUGGAGGAUUUGCAGCGGAUUCCAGCCAUUGCACGUUUGCAUUUUGGUCGUACUGCCUUGCUGCAGGCUUUGAACAAAAUGAGGACACUGCAGGUGGUCCGCAAGAAUGGUCAGGUGCUCGUGCGCUUGCACGGGGCACCUCUGCAGGACCCACCACGAAACGGAAAGGAGAAGCCAGCCGAAGGUACCGAAGGUCGUGAGCGUGCAAGGCCGAUGCCGGCAGAAGUCACACAAGCUGGAGAACCAGGCCCACGUGGUCCCACGAAAAAGGACGAGACUCCUGUCACCGUAUCUGAGUGGCAAAAGGUCCAAGACAAGUAUUUCAAAGGGUGUGAGCCUCUUCCAGAUGGUUGGCUUCGUGUCAUUUCCAGGAGUACUGGGAAGGUUUUCUUUGUGAAUCGAAACAAUGGCGCAACACAGCUUGAGUUGCCUCAGGAACCUGCGCCGCCGCGAAGCACCCCUGGCUAAUGUGAAAAG